AACACAAAUUUCCUAUGAAAAGAGAACGCGUACUCGGCGUGGCGAAUGUGUUGCACCAUAAUCACACGCUGUUUCCGCUCACUGUGACUCGUUUGAACAUUGGCGCGAGCUAAGUAAACAGAUAAAAAUAUAGGAAUCGGAUUAGAGAAUAAAAGUUAACAGUUGUUUUUGUUGUUGUCGAGGAGCAGUCGUAAUAAACCUUUUCAUUCAGAAAAAUGAGUCACUGUGAGCUGGAAGAGGUGACGAAACACAUCAACGACAAGAUUUCCCUCGUCAAGAAGCUCUUAGAGCUGCGAGCAGUAGCAAAAGAUCCAGAUAAGCGGUCGUAUCUGCUCAAAAUCGAGCAGGAUGUCAAUGCCAUAAACGCUCUUCUCGACCGGUUUGAGAGAUACGUCACUCAGCAGAGGGACCUGCUAAAGCAUCUUCAGGACCUGGACAUGUUCUUCCAGGAGGAUGAGCAGAAUGCGCAACACCUAUUAGAGAACAUCCCACCACACAUGCCUCGCAAAGGAGGGCAGCCGACAGCUCAAGGAGGACAGACGGCGGCUCCCAGCAAGCAGGCAGAAGCGAAUUCGGCCCCCCAGGAGCAAGAACAGCCCAAGAAGCCCCCACGGAGCCAGAUUAAAGAGAUGGAGUUCAUCACAGUGCAGGAGUUCGACAGCAUCCCACAGUACAUGAAGGGACGAGUGACGUACGACCAGCUGAACUCUGCUGUAAAAAGCAUCAACACGGCCGUCACUGCGAAAUAUAAAAUCCUUCAGCAGCCUGUCAAGAGCCUGAGUAACGCAGCCCGUAAGUUUCAUCAGCGUUUCAAAGACGAGGAGACCAAGGACACUAAAGGUCAGUUCUUUGUGGUGGAGGAGGACCUGCGUGAACUGGCUCAGCUGAAGGUGGAUAAGCGUUUUGUGGGUAUGCUGAACAUGCUGAGACACUGCCAGAGACUAAAAGAGCUGCGAGGAGGCGGUCUGACACGCUACAUGCUGCUGUGAUCCUCCAGACACGUCAGGACACCGGCGAAUGUCCGUGCUUCUGAUUUAUAUUAAUAAGAGGGGGAUGUAACGGUUUAGGAUCUAUACAUGUGCAGAAAGAACUGCUGAUCCUAAAGCUCAUCAGAUAUUUCCCCUGGGCAUCUCAUGAGCUCCAACUGAUCUUUCAAAAAUGUGUCUAAACGCAGUCAAGCCCACCUGUAAUAGCAUUGUGCGCUACUUCUGAACAUCCGUCCGAAGUACUUCACGUCACAGCUGCUGUCAACGUGCUUCAUUUUUUUUCAUGUUUUGUCUCAUUUUAGUGUACAUUUAGCGUUUUGUAAAUAAAUUUAUUAACGCACGUUU